CGGGCGCAGGCGCCGCGCCGGUAGCCGCUGCUCGGCCGGGCCUGGCGGUGAGGACGCGGCGGGACCCCGCACGGGCCGGGCGGAGCCGGGGGGACAGCGGGGCUGCGGGAGCGGGGGCGCGGCCUCUCUGGCGCUGCGCUCCAUGGAUGGCGUUUUCCUGUCGCCCAGCGAGGAUGAGUUCGUGGGCAGGAUCGCGGAGGAGCUGGAGCACUUCAUGGUGCAGGGCCAGCACCAGCGAGUGCUCCUGUUCCCACCCCUGUCCAGCCGCCUCAGGUACCUGAUCCACCGGACUGUGGAAAACAUGGAAUUGCUGAGCAGCUUCUCGGUGGGAGAGGGCUGGAGGAGGAGGACGGUCAUUUGUCACUCGGCUGUCAGGCUUCCCAACGAGACCUCAAACGACCAAAAAGCCGGGACCAACCCCGCUCGGCCGCAGCGCCCGGCGCAGCCCUGGGGCCGGGGGGGCCGGGGGUCCCGGCCGCGCCACGCCGGGGACACCCACGGGGACAGCCCCCGCGCCUCCGUGGGCUCGGGCAGGAUCACCAGGCCGCCCAGGAAGAAGCCAGACAAAGCCCUGUACGUGCCCAAAGGGAUCCGGAAAAAGGCGAAUUGGAGGGAGCGGGAGAGCCCCGGGGCGGAGCCCGACGGGGACGCGGCUCCAGGAGGUGAAAACUGCCCCAGAAAUUCCAUCGGGGACACCCAGCGGGAGCUGGGCGAGGGUGGAGGCAGCCCUGGGAAGGAAGAGCAGGUCCCGGGAAAAGGCAGCGCUGAGCAUCCUCUGUGUGAGGAGAAGGUGCCAUCCUUAGGGAACAGCGGCGAUCCCUGUGAGCAGGGAAGUCGGGAUAAAGACUGUUCCCAUUCCCCGUCUUCUGCGCUCAACAAACACCCAGCCGAGGCAGGAGAGGAAGAGUCAAGCCACGCCAGCACCACCAUUCCAGAAGGCAGCGAAUUCCAGGGCCAGCUGCAAGAGGAGAACCAAUCCGGCCGGGAUUCCGGAGGGUCGGAGUGUGGGAGAAGCUCCGUCCCUUUGGAAAACCGUGGUGGCAGCAGGACAGACCCAGCCAUGGCAGACCGGGCUGUGACUGACCCCCCAGUCCUGGAAACGCAGACCCCGGAGGGCAGCAGGAGCCAGUCCCCCCCUGGAGAGCAGGAUUCCCGGAAUUCCGAGGGAGGCCGGGCUGUUUCCACGCGGGAGAGCCCCAGCGCUGGGCAGGUGGAGCAGCAGGCCCCGCAGAAGGUUCUGGAAGGCCCACGUGAGGCUCUGGCUGCUCCUGAGGCGCUCCACGGUGGCGAUCCCGGCGCUCCGGGGCGGAUCCGCGGCGGGAAGGAGGAAGAGGAGGACGAGGAGCGCUCGGACGUGGCCGAGGCGCUGUGCCGGGGCCUGGAUUUGGCUGCGGGGGACAGAGAGGGGACACGGCAGAGCGGCCUCGAGGACGACUGCACAGCAGAGCUCCUGGCAGAGAUCGUUGGGAAUUUGACGGUGAAGGACAUCAGCGUCGAGAGGAUCAGCGUGGAUUAUCCCGGCCACGGAGAGGCCCAGCUCAGCGAGGGGGACUUGGGCCACGUCACCGAGAUCUACGACUUCCCCUCGUCCCUGAAAACCGAGGAUCUGAUGGGAAUGUUCUCGGAUUUCCACGAGAGUGGCUUCAAAAUCCAGUGGGUGGAUGAUACCCAUGCCCUGGGAAUCUUCUCCAGCCUCUCCACAGCGUCCCAGGCCCUGGGCCGCCGUUACCCCUGCCUGAAGAUCCGGCCCCUGAUCCACGCCAGCAGACAGGCCAAGGUCAAGGCACUCCAGAGGCCAAAACUGCUCCAGCUGGGGAAGGAGAGGCCGCAGACGGACACGGCGGUGGCCAGGAGACUCGUGUCCCACGCCCUGGGCUGGAGGCACAGGCAGCACGAGGCCACAGGGACUGAAGUUUUCCAGGCAGAAUCCUUGGAUCAGGAGGAAUAAUCCCAAAAAAACCCAAAAAAGGCUGUAAAGAUGAGCAUGGCUGUGCUAUUAAAUGCAUGCAGAGCA